CGUCGCCUUUGGUGCCCGUAGCGGGACAGUCUGGCCGAGCCCACGGCGCUGCACGCGCGCACUUGUCCAACUGUACCCUAUUCGUGCAGCUCGUGAAGCACGGAUCCUUGGCGACCCAGGUGCUGUCUAGCUAAGUGCUGCACUCCCUGCACGCCUGCAAAUACCAAAGCAGUCGCUGUCUCGAAGCGCGACGGCCGCAUCCCUUGACUGCAUUGAUCAGUAGCACAGUUGCUCUACGCCGGCGCCGCGAUACAACCAGCGGAAAGAUGGCGCAACCGGGCGUCCUCAUGAAGGUCGGCGGCCUCCUCGUGAAGACGCUGGCCAAGCCCGUCGCGCGCCAGCUGAAAGUGGACGCGGAGCACGUGGGCUGGCUUCGCGAGGCCUGCACGUCCAUCGGCCAGACCACGAACUACCUCACGAGCCGCCUGACGCACGCGUCGUCGUUAGAUAAAUGGAAGAAGCCAUAUAAACAUAUCGAACUGAAGGCCACCGAAGCUAGAGAGAAGGGCGCGGAGAUCGUCUCCGAGGGCUUCGUGCUGACCGUGGCUGUUACUGUGAUGGGCUACGAGUACAACCGCCAGAACAACUACAAGGAGGCGGCGGCGCGGCGGAAGGAGGAGAAGGAGGCCGAGCGGCGCGCCGACGUCGAGGCGCGGCUCGAAAGGCUCGAGGCCUUGCUUGCAGAGCUCAAGCCGCCGCCCGAGACGAAGCGGAGGCGCUGGUGGUCGUAAAUUAUUGUUGUUAAA